CCCAGCACAAGAGGAAGGACUCUCUCAAUCUCUCUCGCCUUCUCUCUUUCUCUCCCCCUCACUCUCUCCCUCUCUUUCUCCCUGUCUCCCUCCCUCACCCAUAUUCCUUGUUCUAUUUCUAUGUCCCAUCCCUCUCUCCUUCUCCCUCUGCCUCUCUCGUGUUCUAUUUACCCCUGUCCCUCCCUCUCUUCCGCUCCUUUCCCCUCCCUCCCCCUUUCUCUCUCUUCCUCUCUCUGUCUCAGCAGAGUAAGGCUCAGUGUGAAAAUGCCAUCGUGCUCUCCUGACUGUUGCCUCUUUCAGGCUGUAGAGACUAAGUCCUGGACCUAAAAGACCAGUGUGGAGAAUCUCUAUUGAUCAGGAAUAGGCUUGAUCUGUGUCCAGGAAACCAACCCUGUUUCAUUAACAUUUCAACUCACUCAAAAUGAGUCCGGAUAAUUAUGGCAUGAUCAUCAAGGUGUACAGUGAAGAUGGCGCAGGGAAUGUGGUGGAGGUGCCAGCUGAUAUGAAGGCCAGAGACGUAUGUCAGUUCCUGGUCUAUAGGAGCCACUGUCUGGACGACAACAGCUGGAGCCUGGUGGAGCAUCACCCACUACUGGGCCUCGAGCGUUGUCUGGAGGACCAUGAGUUGGUGGUUCAGGUUCAAGCCUCUAUGCCCAGUGACAGUAAAUUCCUCUUCAGGAAGAACUAUGACAAGUAUGAGUUCUUCAGGAAUCCCUUGAACUUCUUCCCGGAGCAGAUGGUGGCGUGGUGUCAGGAAUCUAACGGCUCCAUCCCCCACUCACAGCUCUUACAGAACUUCCUAAACUCCAGCAGCUGUCCGGAGGUGCAUGGGUUCCUCUAUCUGAAGGCAUCAGGGAGGAAAUCCUGGAAGAGACUCUCCAUGUUCCUCAGACGCUCUGGACUUUACUACUCCACUAAAGGAUCGUCCAAGGAGCCCAGACACCUCCAGUUGUUGUCAGACCUGGAGGACAGUAGUGUGUUCACAGUGACAACAGGGAGGAAGCUGCACAACGCCCCCACAGACUACAAGUUCUGUAUCAAGCCCAGUAAAGUGAGGAGUGAGUGCAAGGAGCUGAGGAUGCUGUGUGCCGAAGAUGAACAGAGCAGAACCUGCUGGAUGACUGCCUUCAGACUCUUAAAGUAUGGAAUAUUACUGGAUCAGAACUACAAGAGUCCCCAGCAAAGGAAGUCUCCGGUCCCACAUUUCUCUACUCCUGUGCGGAGUGUGUCUGAGAACUCUCUGGUGGCCAUGGACUUCUCUGGCAGGACGGGACGCGUCAUAGAGAACCCUCUGGAAGCAGUGAGCGCCGCUGUGGAGGAGGGACAGACAUGGAGGAAACGGGGUCAGCGUAUGAAGGCUCUUGGCAGCCCCAGCCCCCUCCAGCCCUCUUCUCUCAGCUCAGUGAUCCACAGAACACAGCUAUGGUUCCGUGGUCGCAUCAGGAGAGAAGAGUCCCACACGAUGAUCAUGCAACAAGGACAAGUAGACGGGUUGUUCCUGCUGAGAGACUGUCAGAGUAACCCCAAGGCGUUUGUCCUGACCCUGUGCCACCACCAGAAGAUCAGACACUUCCAGAUCCUACCGUGUGAGGAGGAAGGUCAGAUGUCCUUCAGUCUGGACGACGGCUCCACCAAGUUCACAGACCUGAUCCACCUUGUGGAGUUCUACCAGCUCAACAGAGGGGUGCUGCCCUGCAAACUCAAACACCCCUGCACUGUUGUGGCCUUCUGACCCUUCACCCUUGACCUCUGACCCCUGAACCAUGAUCUCUGCCCCCUGGUCUCACUACACCACCCCCUGUCUGCAGUUCAAUUCUCUACCCCUCGUUCGCUCGUUCGUCAUGGAUUUAAAGGGUUGGAAUGAAGGAAGCUGAUGGCAUAUACUUAGUUACAUCAAUCCAAAGCUUUUACAAAUGAGUGGGAGUAAGCAAGUCCACAUUUUAGAGAGAGGGGUGGGGUAUUCAAACCUUGCCACGCACAAGGACGGACAGACAAACAUAUGUGGUGAACUAUAGUGUUCUAUGGAUAUCUAUGGAUCCAACCAAGCCCGUUUCCUUCUCCUUCAUCCACCUCAGAUAGACAGACGGACAGGGGGCUGGGCUCCCCUCACUUCCUUAAUGAUCAUCAGGGAUAGACAUGGGAUCGAAUCGAUCACAACAAUCGACGAUAUCUCAAAUGAAUAUGUGCAGUACAGUCUUUAUAAGCUGAUCACCUGACUCUUCAUGCUACCUGGGGAGCUGAUGUUGCUUGGGAGGCAUCCUACUCUUCCUCUGCUAUACUUACUGGACCAACCAUCCAACUAACUCACCGAGACUUAAUACAGGGCCCUAGGAGGAGAAAAAGAAAACUCCAAAAACGGCCAAGCCGUUUGUUUGAAAGGGCAGAUGAAUGUUUGAGUUGGGGACUUCCCUGUCAGAGCUGAUGACAUUGUAUUACUGUUGUAGAACUAUUUGCACUUCUGAACAGACAGCCGACAGUUCUCUUCUGAGCUGGAUGAAGCUGAACGCUCCUUCUCAACCUCCUCUUCCUCCUUUCUUUCUUCUCCUCUUGUCCUUCUCCUCUUUCUACUCCUACUCCUCUUUUCUGCGUGAAAAAUCCCAGCCUACUGAUUGGAUUAGCAUUGCGUUGGACAGGACUGAGAGGCAUGGCUGAGCGUGCCCUUGCCAUGCUAUUGGGAAAGGUGACAGCUAGGCGGCUCCGCUACCUGAAAUCAUCACCAACCUUUUCAUUCCUACUCCGUUCGGCUCCGUCUGAUCCCAUCGGAACAUUUAGAAAACCAAGACCAUUCCCUGGAAUCAGACGGAAAGUUCAGUGUUGAUAAUGGGACAGAGGGAAGAGGAGGAGAAGUCUCACAUAGGUCCCUGGAAAACCUGCCCCCUGCACUGUCACUUGAAACUGUCAAGAGUUAUAACUGGAGUCUUUCAGGCUAUGUUCCAAUGUCCACACUAAUAUUGCACUUAGAACAUAUGUCCAAGACCUUGUUACACUUUUAGUAGUGUGCUAGUGUAACAGUAUAACUUUAGACCGUCCCCUCGCCCAUACCCAGGCGCGAACCAGGGACCCUCUGCACACAUCAACAACAGUCACCCUCGAAGCAUCGUUACCCAUCGCUCCACAAAAGCCGCAGCACUUGCAGAGCAAGGGGAACCACUACUUCAAGGUCUCAGAGCAAGUGACGUCACCGAUUGAAACGCUAUUUAGCGAGCACCGCUAACCAAGCUAGCCGUUUCACAGCCGUUACACUAGUACUGUAUGUGGGUAUUGGAACAGAACCUCAUCACAGCCAUUUUAUUAAUGUCAAUCAGUGUUCUCCAAGUCAGUUGUACGCUUCUCACUGCACAGUCAAGCAUGAUGCUGUGUUUAAAUACUAUUUGAAAUUAUUUCAAAUAUACUAUAUGUGUUUGAUUGGGCUUGCCUUGCUUAAUAGACCAAUAGAACAGUUUCAAAACUACAAACCCUACCCAUCUGGCUAGAGCAAACACCCAAAGCAUUUGAAAGAUUUCAAAUAGUACUUUUAACACAGGUCAGACCAAUAGGUGUGAGAGGGCAUUCAUUCUCAGAACACAGGAAACCAUUUAAACCACCCCCAACAUGUAUUGUAUUUAUCUUGAUUAAAAUAAUGACUUGAUAUGUAGGAUUGGUGGGCAGUGCAGCAGCCCACAGUCUCCUCACCUUAAAGUGGGCAUUGUGAGCUGUGUGUGCGUAUGAAAUCAUGCUAUUAUAAUUUACAUAAUACAUUUCAGAUAGAUGUUCCAAACCCUGGAAACAAGGGUCCAGUAAGAAUGUUUCUGUGAGUAUUGGGACCCGUCCUGUCCCGUUCUGUCUUAUCCUGUCCAGUUCUGUCUUAUCCUGUCUAGUCCCAUCCCGGCCCAGAUCGUCCAGUCCUGUCCUUCUCAGUUGCCCUAGCGUGAGACAGCAGAGAUGUUGGCCUAGCAAAAAAUCAUCUAGGAAGAAUGGGAGAAAAUCCCCAAAUCCAGAUCUGCAAAGCUGAUGCAGACAUACUCAAGACUUCUCAAUGCUGUAAUCUCUGCCAAUGGUGCUUCUGCUUCUAAGUAUUCACACCCCUUGAGUCAAUAUUUUAUGUAAAUCAGAUAAUUCUGUAUUUCAUUUUAAAUUAGCAACAAAUUCUAAAAACAUGUUUUCACUUUGUAAUUAUGGGUUAUUGUGUGUAGAUGGGUGAGACAAAUCAUAUAUUUAAUCCAUUUUGAAUUCAGGCUGUAAUACAACAAUAUGUGGAAUUAGUCAAGGGGUGUGAAUACUUUCUGAAGGCACUGUAUACAGUAGGUCUCUUGCUUUCUGAAUCUUUGCCUCUUAAUCACUGUGUUAUAAUGCAAUUCUUCACAGAAGGCCAAUCAUAUGUGUAUAAUAUAAAGACAGUAUUGAAUAUAUAUUAGACAUAAUGUGAAACUAUGGACAAGAUGUAGAUCUAACACUGUAUCUAGGUAACAGAGCACUAUGAGUGCGUUCCAAAUGGCACGCUAUUUCCUAUAUAGUGCACAAUAAAGGGCAUAGGGUGCCAUUUGGGACACAGGGACACUACCUAUGUAUUGGGCUUUAUGCAUUUGCUCAUCACUCUCAAAUGAAGAUUAAUUUGGUCCUUUUUUCAUUAUUUGAUUUAUUGUGUAUAUUGACUCAAUUGUAUAUUUUUCUUAUUUUCAUCACAAAAUUACCUUUUAUAUAUACACAUAAUAAUAUACCAGAACAUAUACAGUAUUAAAUUAAGCUAUCAAAUUGUUGGCAUGCAUUGAAUUCUAGUAUGUAUAAGCUGACUGGCUCAGAGAAUGUUGAAACAAUCUAAUGACUUUAGAUGUUGUCAAAGUCAGCAAUGCACCUUUUAAAGGCAAUAUCCCAACGGUCACAGAGAUCGCAUUCACGGUAAAUGCUGUGGAUGUUGGCACAAGGUGAAUUACCUUUAAAAGUAAAGUGCAGGCCUUUGAUUGAAUCCCGGCCAUUCAGCCUUCCUUACACUCAAUGGUGAGAACAUAUUGCUUACACGUACCUAUCCAGUUCUUCUGAUCUAUGUCUGCGACAGAAAAGGGCAUAAGAAAUUGUCAAGGGCUGGGGACUAGACACUGAAACAGAACCAGCUAGGUGUGUCUCUCUCAUAGGAUUUAUCAAAUAAAAAAUGAAAACAUUUCAGGGUUGGCCCAGCAUUUCUGCCAGUGUGGUGCCAGCGUGGCAAACACUAGCAGAACGUGUUUCAACACAAAAAUGCUAAUAUUUUGUGUUCCAAUUGGAUAUGUUCAGUUAGUAUCUCCUUGUUACACUUUGUUAUAACAUGUUUUUAAAAUGUUUUCUCACUAGCGAACAAAACCCAUCUGCACCACUGAAACCCAUGGGCAGGGAUUCAAACAAAACCCAUCUGCACCACUGAAACCCAUGGGCAGGGAUUCAAACAAAACCCAUCUGCACCACUGAAACCCAUGGGCAGGGAUUCAAACAAAACCCAUCUGCACCACUGAAACCCAUGGGCAGGGAUUCAAACAAAACCCAUCUGCACCACUGAAACCCAUGGGCAGGGAUUCAAACAAAACCCAUCUGCACCACUGAAACCCUUGGGCAGGGAUUCAAACAAAACCCAUCUGCACCACUGAAACCCAUGGGCAUGGAUUCAAACAAAACCCAUCUGCACCACUGAAACCCUUGGGCAGGGAUUCAAACAAAACCCAUCUGCACCACUGAAACCCAUGGGCAGGGAUUCAAACAAAACCCAUCUGCACCACUGAAACCCAUGGGCAGGGAUUCAAACAAAACCCAUCUGCACCACUGAAACCCAUGGGCAGGGAUUCAAACAAAACCCAUCUGCACCACUGAAACCCAUGGGCAGGGAUUCAAACAAAACCCAUCUGCACCACUGAAACCCAUGGGCAGGGAUUCAAACAAAACCCAUCUGCACCACUGAAACCCAUGGGCAUGGAUUCAAACAAAACCCAUCUGCACCACUGAAACCCUUGGGCAGGGAUUCAAACAAAACCCAUCUGCACCACUGAAACCCAUGGGCAGGGAUUCAAACAAAACAGCCGACAUCCACUGCACUUGACUUAAUUCAUGUUUUAGCCGACAUCUACUGUACUUGACUUAAUUCAUGUUUUAGCCGACAUCUACCGUACUUGACUUAAUUCAUGUUUUAGCCGACAUCUACUCUACUUGACUUAAUUCAUUUUUUAGCCGACAUCUACUGUACUUGACUUAAUUCAUGUUUUAGCCAACAUCUACUGUACUUGACUUAAUUCAUGUUUUAGCCGACAUCCACUGCACUUGACUUAAUUCAUGUUUUAGCCGACAUCUACCGUACUUGACUUAAUUCAUGUUUUAGCCGACAUCUACUCUACUUGACUUAAUUAAUUUUUUAGCCGACAUCUACUGUACUUGACUUAAUUCAUGUUUUAGCCAACAUCUACUGUACUUGACUUAAUUCAUGUUUUAGCCGACAUCCACUGCACUUGACUUAAUUCAUGUUUUAGCCGACAUCCACUGCACUUGACUUAAUUCAUGUUUUAGCCGACAUCUACUGUACUCGACUUAAUUCAUGUUUUAGCCGACAUCUACUGUACUUGACUUAAUUCAUGUUUUAGCCGACAUCCACUGCACUUGACUUAAUUCAUGUUUUAGUCGACAUCCACUGUACUUGACUUAAUUCAUGUUUUAGCCGACAUCCACUGCAUUUACCCCAAAUGCAAUCUCCGCAAACGUCAUUGAAAUUACCUUUAACUGUAAAGUGCAGUGUGACGUCAGCAGUGCAUUGUGGUUUGUCUUUUAACAGAGGUAUCUGUCCUUUCUCUCUGAGAGCUGAAUGUCAGGAAGACAUCUGAAGCAAUCACAUUGUAUCUCCU